AUGAGUGUAGUUCCUGAACAAGAUGAUUUGAAGAAAGCACUAAAGAUAAUAUCGACUGCCCAAUGCACGGGUUUUCAGUUCAAUUUACUCUCGCCUUCACUCUUCUCAAUCCACGAUGAAGGCAGUGAGGUUGAGAAAAGAAUGUCACUUCCGAAUUUGGUUAAAGCGUUGCCCAACAAAGAUCAGGAAGCUUGGCUCGACUUUAUAGUGGAGGCAGCAGGCGUCACUGAUGCCGUGGAUGGUACGGAGAAGAAACAGAAAGAGAUCCGUGACAAAGAAUCACGUGCGCCCGAUGGAACACCUCUUUACUUCACUAAGAAAAACGUGACCAAGAUUCUCGGCGACUCUGAAAAACGAAAGAUCGAAACAUUCGAGGAGCUGGACAGGCUGUACACAAAACCACAGGUUUGUACAUAG